AUGGCUGACUCCGCCAAGCCCGAGGAGCAGCCCGUGGACGACGUGUGGAAGGCCGCCGCGUACGGUAACUUGGACAGGACCAAGGAUUUUAUCCAGACGGACCCGCAGCUCGUCAACAAACCCGACGCCACCGGGUUCCUUCCCCUGCAGUGGGCCGCGCUGAACAACCGCGUCGCUGUCGCCACCUUCCUCAUCGAGCGCGGCGCCGCGGUCAACGCCACUGACAACGACAAGCAGACUCCCUUACACUGGGCGUGUGUCCGUGGUUCCCUCCCAUGCGCCGAGCUCUUGCUCCGCCACGGCGCGCGGCUGGACCAGGCGGACUGUCGCGGUUACGACCCGAUCCAUGUUGCCGCGCAGUACGGGCACACGGGGAUGAUAUACCACUUCAAGAUGCGCUGGAAUGCAGAGAUUGACAGUCACGACAGUGACGGGCGGUCGCCCCUCCACUGGGCCGCGUACAAAGGUUUCCCCGACACCGUCCGACUCUUGCUCUUCGCGGACUGUCACAUCGCGCGACCGGAUAAGGAGGGGUGCACGCCGCUGCACUGGGCGGCCAUACGGGGUAAGAGCGAGGCAGCACACAUACUCGCACAAGCCGGGGGCGUGGCGCUGUUAGAGGCUCGCGACGCCGAAGGGUCCACCCCAGCGCAGCUCGCAACCGAGAAGGGGCACAAGAGCCUCGGGUUCUUCCUCGCCAACCUGCAGGCGCGGCUGGGUAAGCGAUCCUUCUGGGAGGAGAAGGGCAUGGCUGUGGUGUGCCUAUCUCUGAUCCUCGGCCUCGUGGUGAUGUUCGUGCACUUGAUUGUGAUGGCGCCGGGGAUGACGCAGAUGGACGUGCACGCCGCGGGCUGGUCCUGGAUCGUGGUCCUGACCUCGGGCGCUGGAUUAUACUUCAUGUACACGGUGAGCUACUGCGACCCGGGCUUUUUGGACACGGGCGUUAAGGGCCAUGGCAACGGGAUAGAGCCCGGGUCGCCAGUUGUGAGUGGAAAGUUGUGUCGCAAUGGGUAUGGCCGCGUGUCCUCCAACGAAGCCUCUUCAAAGCUCAACGCGGCGCUGAACCACCCGGAGCUGUGGUCGGGAAACUGGGGGAGCAUGUGCACGACGUGCAGGAUCAUCAAACCGUGGGGAGCAAAGCACUGCGGCGUGACCAACCGGUGCGUCCGCCGAUUCGACCACUACUGCCCUUGGAUGGGAAACACAAUUGGGAAACGUAACCACCGCAAUUUCGUCGUGUUUCUGUGCUUGGAGACUGUCGCGAUGGCAGCCGCGUUCGGAGUGGCUCUGCAGAGGCUCAGGCAGGGCGGGCCCACCCCCCCGCAGUGGACCUACACCGGCGUGGUUGCGUUCAUCGUCUGCGACGUCGCCGUUCUGUUCCCGGUGUUGAUGCUCACGGGCGCGCAGUUGUCGCAGGUGUUUCGCAACAUCACCACAAACGAGCUUUCCAACGCGCACCGGUAUCAGUGGCUGAAGGACGACAACGGGAGAUUCAACAACCCAUUCGACCGGGGGUGCCAGAGCAACACAGUGCGGUUCUGCCAAGUUGUCGAGGACGAGGAGGAGAUCCAGCGCAGGGUAGUGAUGAGCGUGAGGGAGAUGGGAGAGAUGCUCAAGGAGAAAGGGGAAAACAUGGUGUGAAAACGUGCGACUAUUCGGCCAUGAACUAUUUUAUCAUACGAAGAUACCUAUUCGCAAGUGUUUCUAAUACUACGAAGUUCCCAAUGUGCUG